CUGCAAAUAAGUUGUUUCCACCAAAAAGCUUCGAUCCACCAUUGUCACUUUGUCACACAGGUCGCAAAGACUCCUUCCCCUUCUUUGGUCGCUUUGGUGUUUCGCUAUGGCUCGUGGUCCCGUGCUCAAUAAGAAGAUUAAUGGGGUACCGGCAUCACCUCAUGGAUCUAAGCUGGAGAAAAAGUUUGCCAAGAUGCGUCUUUCCGAAAGUGGGGACAUUAAGAAGAAGAAGGCAUCAUCACCGAACAAGGGAAAUAUGACAGUGAUGGAAGAACUGGCCGACUUCACUAAGACGAUUCCUUCUCAUUCUUAUGUGCCUGGAGUGCCUCGACCUCCACUUCUGUUGGGUGUAUAUGAGCAAGUUAAGAAGAUAGCUGACAUCAUGGACGAUCCUAAUUGGCCCAAUCGCAACCUUCAAACUGAUGUGGAUCAAGCUGAGUAUGUGCUUAUGGUGACUUGUCGCCAUUUCCGCGAUUUUUUGCCAACUGGCUGGAGAUACGCGCGGGAGCAUGCCAGGUCUCUUAUUGCAGGCUAUGGCGAGGUUUUCACGAAGGAUGAUGAUGACCUUGAUUACAUCGUGUAGUUUCGUGUUAUUGUAUGAUAUAUCAAGGAUAAUAUGUCGAAGUUUGGAAAUUACUAUUGGAAUUGUGGAAAGAGUUGUUCUUCUCGGAGCACCGGUUGCUAUAAAAGACGAAAAAUGGGAAGCUGUUAGGAAGGUUGUUUCUGGAAGAUUGAUAACCACAACCUAUUGGACGGUCAAAUUAAAACAGUCUUCUUAUUCAAGGAUUAGCUGGAAUUGAACCCGUGGAUGUUCCUGAGUCGAGAAUGUUGAUGUUACAGAGGGCCACUCUUCAUAUCUAUGGGGUACCUGAGAGACACUAGAUCUCGACGCAUAUUAUCCGGUUUUCAAAAUCACUCAUACGAAGAGUCUAGACACAACUUAGCAGUUAACAGAAUCUGAACGUGCUCGCCAUUUGUUAGCGCAUGGACGUUCCAAAAGAGGCAAACUGGACCUUUUUACACCAAUGUUGAACAGAUAUCUUCACCAAUUGCUUCCUUUAUAUGAGAUAUGGUGGCAAACUGGACCUUUUUACUUAUGAUGAUUGGUCAGUGCGGGUUAUGUUUUAAUUUCUAAAGGUUACAAAGAUAGCUCAAAAGAAAAUGGGCUGGAAAUUGUCCAAAAUGUUAUUUCAAUUUAUAAAGGGUCGCAUUAUUCAUACACCUUUUCCCACUCUAUCUCUCUCUAUAUAUCUAUGUUUAGUUUAGGUUAUUUAUCUGAUGUUUUAUUUACUGUUUUCUCAGUUCGCAUUGUCGGGAUUUGCGCUGGUGAUUGUAGACUGGUUAUGCAGCGCACGGGCGUAUGCCAGCGCUCUUAUUGCAGGCUAUGGCGAGGUUUUCACAAAGGAUGACCUUGAUUACAUCGCGUAGUUUCUACUAGAAGCAUUUUGUAUAUACACCUGCUCUAAUGUCAACAGUUUUUAUCUUAAAUCUUAAUCAAAUUUUAGUUUUUCCCAUUUGUAAA